AUGUUUCAAGUGGUUUCGAAAUUGAAAAGGUUGAAACAGGUGUUAUUGGGCAUUAACAGAGAAGGAUUUUCUGAUAUACAACAGGCAGAAUUUCAGGCAAAAAUUUUGCUGAUGGAGACUCAGGAAAAACUGCAUAAAGAUCCGCUUAAUGACUUCAUUAUCAAGCAAGAACAAGUGGAUAGAGAUAAUUUCCUCCAUCUCCAUAAAUCUUACAUUAUGUUUUUGGCUCAAAAAGCUAAAGCAGCUUGGAUUGAUAAUGGAGAUGAGAAUACUCAUAUUUUCCAUGCAUCUCUGAAAGCUAGAAGGAUACGAAACAUGAUUCUUUCUAUCAAAAAUGAGGAUGGAAUUUGGGUUGAUACACCAGCUAGAAUCAAAGAUGCAUUUUUAGGUUAUUAUCAACGAUUGUUGGGGACAGCUAUGUCACAAAGGAGGGAAGUUUCUCAGUCAAUAGUGAAUUUAGGUCAAGUUAUUUCUGAGGCUCAUAUUCGGAUUCUUACAGCAGACUUCUCACUUCAGGAGGUUAAAGAUGCUAUGUUUUCAAUUUCAGGGAUGAAAGCUCCUGGCUCAGACGGAAAUUGUAGUUACUUCUAUCAAGAUAACUGGAAUUUGGUGGGUUUGGAGGUUAGUGCAGCUGUCUUAUCCUUCCUCAAAUUGGGUAAGCUGCUUAAAGAGAUUAAUGCCACGACUAUUACUCUCAUUCCUAAAACAAUCUGCCCAGAUAAUGUUUGUGAUUUUAGGCCUAUUGCAUGUUGUAAUAUCAUUUAUAAAAUCGCGUCUAAGAUGAUUUGUUCAAGACUUCGCCAAAUUCUUCCUGACUUAAUAGCAGAAAACUAG